UUCACAGAUGAUUAAAAUCAUUAUUGAUUUAUUUUUUUAUAAUUUUGUAGAAAAUAAAAAAUAAUUUAAGGUAAACAAUUAAGUUCACGAGGACACCAAGACUAUAUCGGAUAAAUAUGACAUCCAGGCAAACUGGUGGAGUUCCUUUCUUCAGGUUUUAGAAUAUCAGGCACAAUAGGCGGCAAAAGUAGACGUGCAUCCGGGGGCGGUGGAGCAGGCGGGCACGGAGCCGGUACGAGCUCGGCUGGAGGCGGGGCAAUGACACGACCACCCAAUGACGAAAACCUGCCUACUGUCAAAUUGGUGGUAGUAGGCGAUGGGGGUGUGGGGAAGAGCGCCAUUACGAUCCAGUUCUUCCAGAAGUUGUUCGUCACUGACUAUGAUCCCACCAUAGAGGACAGCUACCUCCAGCAUGUUGAAGUGGAUGGGGAGUGGUGCAUAUUGGAUGUGCUGGAUACCGCUGGCCAAGAAGAGUUCAGUGCGAUGAGGGAACAAUAUAUGAGAAAAGGAGAUGGCUUUCUUUUAGUUUAUUCUGUAACAGACAAAAAUAGUUACGAAAAUAUAAUGCAUUUUCAUACACAGAUUUUGCGCGUAAAAGACAGAGACACCUAUCCAAUGCUGCUAGUCGCUAACAAAGUAGACCUUGUUCAUCUGCGCAAAGUUACAGAGGAGCAAGGUAGAGAGUUAGCACACAGAUUGGGUAUACCUUACAUUGAAUCAAGUGCCAAAGAUCCACCGCUUAAUAUUGACGCCACAUUUCACGAGGUGGUACGUAUUAUUCGCAACCAACCGCAGAGCGAUAAAGAUAAACGAAAAAAGAAGAAGCUUCAGAAGAAGUGUGUUUUUAUAUAAGUUUGUGUUCGUAUCAUAUUUAUUCGCUUUUUAUAUGUACGCGAAAGCUUUAUGGUGUGUAUUUAUUAUAUGUUGUACAUAUUUAUAUACUGUUUAUUUGUUAUUUCGAGCUAUUCAGCAUGGAUGAUGAAUACCAUCUAAUAAUUGGAGACUGUUGGUAUAUAUACAGAACCGAGCAAAAGUGGUGAAACAUUUUAUUUUUUAAAGAUUUUAUUAAACUACUUAUGUUUUAUGAUAACUUAAUAAAACUAUGCUAACGAUUAUUAUUAGAAAAUACAGCGAGGAAAAAUAGAGAAACAUAAUAUACAAAGCAAUUGUCAUAAUAUACAAAGAAGCUAAUGCUUGGUUGCAUAACCUUUAUUUUUGAUAACUGCUAGACAUCUUUUUCUCAUAGAACCAAUUAGGAUAUCUAUGGUUUGUUUUGGAAUAGAAUUCCAGGCGACUUCGAUUGUUUCAAAUAGUUCGGCACUAUGUUUGAACUUUUCUGGAUGUUCAGUCCGAAUUUUUUUAUCAACUAAAUCCCAUAGGUUCUCUAUGGGGUUAAGGUCUGGACCACCUAAUGACAUUAAUAUUGUGAUAUGCAAAAAAUGUUUUUAUUAAUUUCGAUGUGUGCUUGGGGUCGUUUUCGUGCUGGAACCGCCAUCAGUUAAUAUUUCCAAGUAUUUGUACCGGUCCAUAAUUCCUUCAAUUUUGGCGAUCGGUCCCAUCUGAAGACCACAGAAGCAACCUCAUACUUGAACCUUCCCGUCUCCGUGUUUGAUUGUGCCCAAAGUGAACUUAAGAUCAAAUCGCUUGUUUUUAGGACGUCUUACACAUAAAAUGCCAUCCGAUGACAAUAAAUUUACUUUCAUCAGAACACCACAAAGAAUUCCACCUUGUUUCUGACCAGUUCAAAUGAUCGUAAGCAAAUUGUAGACGGACGGUCCGAUUUUUCUUGGAAAUAAAGUUUUUUUAGAUGGUCUCCUUGCUGGUAAAUCACUCUCCCUUAAACGUCUUCAAACAGUGUGGACACCAAUAUUUACUUCUUCAAGUUGAGGUUUUAUGUCGACAGCAGUAGUAAAUGGAUUUUUAAGAGCAAGUGUUUUAAUUUUUCGAUUAAUCCUAGAUGUGGUUUUUCGCGGUCUACCAGUCUUAGGAGGGCUUACCAACGAUUUUUUGAGGCUUAAUAGUUUUGCAAAUACACUCAAAAAUGACACCUAUUCUAAUCGACGACUAAAUAUUUACAAAAUGUUUCUCUACUUUGCUCGUUGAACAAAGAACCGACCAUAUUAUAUAGAAAAAAAGAAUGUAUCCAAAGAUAAGCAUUUCAUUAUCUUGAGGUAGUCAUACAUAAAAAACGUUAGUGUGCAGUUUCGGGUUAGAGUAAAUCUUGCUGGAUUUUUGUGGUUUGCUUCUCUACUUUUGCUCGGUACUGUAGAUUUGUAUUGUCUCUGCUCUGUUUCUGGCAAUGAUACCUAUAAAGUUUAAUCUAGUCAUCCAUGAAUGCUCGUAUGCUUUGACAACAUGACAUGCGUAUUAUAGACGUAGAAUGUUUUAUCAAAGCUCAACUUUAAGUCAAAAUUUAGCAUACUUUAUAUUUCGUUAUUUCUUUCUCCUUUACCAGUGAUCACUUUUGAAUCACAGCUAGGAUGAUGCUAUAUAUGCAGACCCAGAUUUCUUAUAGUUUCACCCACAGAUAUGCAAAAGGAAUAAAAGUGUUAUCAUCCUAGAUAUAAUUUCAUGUGAACCUGGGUGUUUUAAUGAGCCCAAAUGGCAGAAACCUAUAGAAAUUGUAAGUUUUUUCGGUUUUAGGGAUGGUCAAACGAUAGGUUUUCCAUUUGUUUGGGUUGUGAGUUAAAGUGUGUAUUUUUCAAACUCAUAUUUUGCAACUAUUUACAUUAUUUAUAUUCCAAAGGUAUUGAUUAGGUUUAAUCUAAUUUUAAUCAACCUAAAUACACGUUUAGAACUUUAAGGAUUCUGUUCAUCCCAAUUUUCCAACGAUCGUUCGACAAUAUUAUAUUCCAAAUUAGUACUAUUCUUACUUGACUUCCUAAAUCAUUGGAUAACUAACAACGAAAAGUCGUCGAUAUGAAAAAAUCCACUUUAACUCACAUAAUAAUAAUUAAUAUAUAACGGGUAUUUUUUGGAGGUAUAGAAUUUUAAAUUGCAAUAAAACAACGAUGGAUUAUGCGAUUGACAUGAUUUUUUUAUCCGAAAGAUAAUCUUGUGGCAUUACAUUUUAAACAUGAUUUCUGGCAUACAGCUGGCUCGGAUGUAGUCCAAUCUUUACGUCCAGUUUUCGAUGACUUUUUUCAACAUUUGUGGCCGUAUAUCGUCAAUAACAUGGCGAAUGUUGUCUUCCAAAUGGUCAAGCGUUUGUGGCUUAUCCGCUUAGACCAAUGACUUUGCAUAGCCCACAGAAAAUAGUCUAGCGGUGUUAAAUCACAAGAUCUUGGAGGCCAAUUCACAGAUCCAAAACGUGAAAUUAGGCGGUCACCAAACGUGUCUUUCAAUAAAUCGAUUGUAGCACGAGCUGUGUGACAUGUUGCGCCGUCUUGUUGUAACCACAGCUCCUGGACAUCAUGAUUGUUCAAUUCAGGAAUGAAAAAGUUAGUGAUCAUGGCUCUAUACCGAUCACGUUCUGGCCAUCAUCGUUUUUGAAGAAGUACGGACCAAUGAUUCUACCAGCCCAUAAAGCGCACCAAACAGUCAGUUUUUCUGGAUGUUACGGUGUUUCGACAUAAACUUGAGGAUUAGCUUCACUCCAAAUGCGGCAGUUUUGUUUGUUGACAUAGCCAUUCAACCAGAAGUGCGCUUCAUCGCUAAACAAAAUUCGCUGAUGAAAAUCGGGAACAACGACAAUGUCGUUUUGGGCCCAUUCAACGAAUCUACUCCCUGCUUAAUGGUCGUUUGGCUUCAAUUCUUGCACGAGUUGGAUUUUGAGAUCAUUCCGCAAAAUCUUCCAUAAAGUGGAUGGACACAGAUCCAAUUCCUGUGGUCGAUGGCGGAUGGACUCAUUCGGGCCUUCUCAAUGCUACGCUCUCCAGUAGCAAUAGCUUCUUCUGUACGCACCGUACGGCGUCUCUGGGGAUGCGAGUUAUCAAUUAGAGUAAACGUGGUGCGAAAACGUUCCAUGGUUAAUCGAAUUAACUGCUCUGAUGGACGAUUUUGUCGACGAUAAAAUGGACGUAAUGCGCGAUACGUAUUCCGCACAGAACCGUUAUUUUUGAAAUUAAACUGCACAAUUUGCAAGCGUUGUUCAGACGUGAGUCGAUUCAUGAUGAAUUGCUAAACCAAACUGAGAAUAAAUCACUUGACAGCUGUCAAAUCGUUCGCCAUCUUCAAAAGUAAUGCUAACUUAAAGUUCUAUACCGCGAAAAAAAAACACCGUUUAUUUGUCAACUACCUCUAACGAUACAUUGAUGUAGCGUCGCCCUGUUUGACGAUGAUUCAUGGAGACAACAAUAGGUUGUUCAAAUAGAAAACGUCUAAACGGAAUGAUAAUAUUUGUAUAAUUUAUUGUGAUAUUGGAACUUGCUCGGCUUACAACAACUAUUUGAUAUAGAUGGAAAUAUAUAAAAACGAAUUGUUAGAAAAAUCAGAACUUGGGAAUAUAGAUCGUUUCACGUUUUUUUGGCGGAUUGGCCAUGUGCGGACCUCAACUUUUGUGGAGAAAAUUUCACACUACAUGAGCUGAUUUAAACGCAACUGCUCUUGCACACAUGAACUGAAUAAUAAUUGACCGUUGCAUUAAUCGACUUUUCAACAAAAAAAAAACCCAAUAAAUUUAACAAAGUUGUCACUGUUUGUAUUUUGAUGCACUGCUAAGUUUUGAAUUAAGAUCAACGAAAGUUGAACUCAAAGCGCACGCAUAUGAAAAGUGGGUUGUCUCACUGAUAGUGGCACGCAUAUACAGGGUGGCCCAACGAAAAGGUCGCAUCCCUAUUUGUAAGUCUCCCGGUACAUUUAUGGGAAAAACAAUACAGGGUGGUCCAAAAAUAAGAUUUUGCGUUACACUUUAGAUAUUUAAAUGGAAACUCUCCUUUAAUGAAUUUUUAAAUUAUCCAUGAAGUUUUUAGUAACUAUUGUAUAAUAAAGUUUAUACCUAUCUCCAAGCGUUGUGAAGCUAUUUGAGUUUAUAAUAAAAUCCUAGAAAUUGUGAUAUGGGAUUAUAUCGUAAAAAUAAUAUUCAAUAUAGUUCCCAUAGUAACAAGUCUUUAAAAUUAAAAACAAGUCUCCAAGUAUUGAAAAUACAAAAAACAACUUACAGUACACGCGCAUUGAAGUUAAACUAAAAAUUAAUUUGCUACAAGAAAUAGGUCGAUGUGGUAAUAAGUGCUGAAAGUGGUGCCCAUUUACCUCUAUGCAAUAAUAAAGAUACAAUAUGAUUUCCGAAACUGCCGGCCCGCACAUUUAUUUAUUCAGGAUAUUGCGAGUCUACCUCUCGAAAAAAAUGUGGAUUCGACUCACUCCAAUAUCGACAAUUAUAUCUAUUUACAGCACCUUGUAAAUAGAACGUACACUCAUCCGAGAAACAAAUAUUAAACAGAAACAGAUUUGUAUUGUUGAUUAGGCGUUGGGACAUUCAUUCGAAAAACUACAACCUUCUAUCAAAAUCGUUUUCAUUAAGCUCAUGGACAAGUUUUAUCUUGUACUGGUAGAAAUUUAUUGUAUUUCAAAACUCUUUGUAUUGUUGAGCGUAUAAAUCCUGAAGAAGUCGCCAGUCCACGAGUGUUUUGGGUAUUGUCAAGUGCUACGGGUCCCAAAACUGCUAUUUCUGCGGCUUCAUUUCUAACUGGUCGAUUUUUCUUAUCAACUUAGCGACUACUUAUUGUUUAUAUUUUUAUAUGGAUGUAACGCAUUAAACAACCGCGCAGUAGCUCUGCAAUGCUUCCAUUUUGGUAAUACAGUUUUGUUAUGUCUACCUUUUCUUGAAUUGAAUAAGUCAUUGUUCAAUAUUUAUCACAACUAGGUAGGUAACUUAACAAUUUGAAAUGAAAGACAUACGAUGACACUGAAUGAUGCUAAAUGUUCUUGCUGAUAUUCAUGAUUAUUAUUCUUUGCCCUGCAUUCUAUUAUUAUCAGUAUUGAGUCGGAUUUUAUUAUAAACUCCAAUAGCUUUUCAACGAUUGAAGAUAGAUAUACACUUUGUUAUACAAAACUUACUGAAAAAUUCAUGGAAAAUCUAAAAAUUGAAAAAAAUGGGGAUGUACAUUUAAAAAUCUAAAGUGUAAUGAAAUAUCUCAUUUUUGGAUCACUCUGUAUUGAUGAAAAGACGUCCACCUAGAAAUCAAAAUUGACGUGUCCGAGCUUUUUUCCUAAAAUAUACCAGGGGAGUCACAAAUGGGCGAUCGACCUUUUCGUUGGGUCACCCUGUAUAAGAAAUACUUAGUUGAAAAAAUGUUGAGAUGGCGAGACGAAAGUAAACAACGUAUGUGUGAGGGAGAUUGAUCUAUGAAAGUGAUACUGAUAGUUUUACCGUGACCCGCCAAAAAACAUGAAAAUACAGUGCUUAUUUAUUGGGCAAGUUAGUAUGCUGAAAUUCGACGUAAUGGAAUUAAUGCAUAAAUACUAUGUUCUAGUCGAAAAAUUCGGUAUGCAUAUUCUAAGAUGGCGCCGUUUUGGAACAUUUUUUAAAUGGAAUGAGGGGUCGUAUCAUGAAUCAUUUUGAAGCUCCUUAUGAGUAUUUUAUAGCCGUAGAAUAAAAAAUUACCCUCUUUCAAAAUGGCGGUCUGGCAAGCUGUCAAAGCUGCGCGUUUUUUUUUUAUAUUGAGUCGUAGCUCGACAACCAAUCAUCAAAACGCUAUAUGUUAUUCUAAUAUUCUUCUCUUGCAUGGAUCUAAUCGAUAUUUAAUAAAAUAUGAGACAUUCCAUUAUAUACACCUAUGUCAAAAUCUGACAUUUUUAUUAAACGGAAUGUCUCAUAUUGCACAUUCAGAUAUUGCCUUCCAAAAGAACAAGAUUGUUAUAACAUAAUAUUCAUGUUUUUAUGUUUAAUUGCUGAGACCGUCUUCCAGUUCGCUACUUUGAAAGAAAAGGACUUUAUAUUCUAGGGUUAAAAUAAGGUACCUAUCACAUAACCGUCCAUUUUAAUUAAAACAAUAUUAGCGCAUGUAUUCCACCUUAAAAUUGACUAUUGUCACUUUUACGGCAAUUAUCCCGAAUUUCAGCUCGCUAACUUGAUCCGAUUGAAAAAAAAGUGGGGAGGUGAGGGAUUUCUAAAAAGCACUGUAUGUCAUUUGUCUAGUUUUUUUUUAUCAGAUUUACAAAUAGAUGUUGUGCGUCGACUGACCGUUUACCUUAAUAAUUAUUGUGAUGACUCGAGUUAUAUAAUUGUCUUGUGAUGCUCUUUAACAUUUGUUUAUGCCAAAAAAAUCACAUAAAUCCUACACACGUCACAUUUAUACCAAGGAUGUUUUUCGGAAAUUGCUCAAUUUUUUUAGUUCCGUGAACACAUGGAUACAUGAAAGUUGUCACUUUGUACCAGCUCAAGUAUUGUAGUGAGAAUAAUUCAGCCAGGUCGAGUCAUCACAAAAUAUCGCAACUGCAAUUAACAGCACAAAGAUUUUUUUUUAAAUUUAUCUUCGGAAACGUACAGAGUUGUUCAACAAAUAUAAACUUAUUUUUCCAUUAAAGGUACAUACGAGGGUUGUCUCAAAAAUAGGGUUCUCACAUUUUUUUCAGGCACAAGGAAUUUUUUAGUUGAAAAAACCAAUUUACCAUUAUAAACGUUGUUGUUAAAGCCUUUUUUUCUACAUAGUUGUCACUUUUUCUACGCAGUUUUUUCCAUCUUUUCACUUGAUUCAGUCCUGCGCACGAUACACUUACACUGAAGAUAGGAUAUUACGCAUGUGGGCGGGGCUUCGUGACGUCACCCGGAGAGUUGUCGGCUCGUGGUUACCAGCGGCAGGUUUGUCGUAACGUUACUGCAGUGCACGUGUAUCGUGGUUAAUACUAUAUAGUGCGAUCUGUUGGUGAUUUUUGGUGGGUUUGUGACUUUUUAAAUUAGUUAUACAUACUUUAUAUACCCUGUGAUGUUAGUAAAUUGAUAAAAAUGCGGUGCGCUGUUGUGGGAUGUAAUUCCGACAAUCAAUCUAAACGGAAUCCUUUCCAACACAUGAAGUUCCACAGUUUUCCUCAAGACCCAAACCUUAGCAGAAAACGGCUGCAUCAUACAAAAAGAAAAAUCAAAGUUAAUGUAAAAAACGCUAGGAUUUGCUCGAACCACUUUUGUGAAAAUGCAUAUAAGGUCAAUUUGAAACAUACCCUUUUGAGUUACACCCCUAAAAGAUAUCGUGCUCUAAAAGAUGAUGCCAUUCCUAUGGAACAUUGACUGCCCUGAAAAAGCUAAGAAACUAUUUUUCAGGUGAAGGAUGUUCUUCCGGAUUACAGAACUGAGUAAAAGUUUGAAAGACCAGAAAAAUCGUGAAAGGAAAUGGAGAAAAAUUGGGGCUUAGACUAAGUCAUUGCUAUUUAUUGUUAUACUGCCAGCUUGCUGCAAAUGUGAAAUAAGGAUGAAUUAAUGUAGUGCAGUAUUAGCGUCAUGAGCAUGUUACUCCUGCUCCACAGAACAUACUAAAAUAUGGGUAAUGUAGAAAAAUCUUGCUUUUACAGUAAAGUGACGAUACACGCUCUAACGCUCUAUUGUGGAGCUAGAAAGCCGUUCAAGCUAUAACCUGUGAGAUAGGAAUUACAAUGUUGAAAUGUUUUAUUAAAAUCCGUCAUUUUGUUUUGCAUGAAAUUUUAAUGUAGAUUGUGUCGCGCGCACCGCUAAGACGAAUCCAGCGACACUUCAUAUGUGAAAAUUCGACCAGCCGUUUUCCAUAUCAACCCAAAUGAUAAUCACUCUCCGCGUGACGUCAUGCGCGCCGGCGUACGAAGAUCGAACAGCGGGGCAUCCGUACACUGAGUCCUUCGUUUGUUGCGAUGUUGGGUCGAUGGUGGGGGAGCCGCCAAACGCGAAGGUGUUGCCAGACUCCGCGGCAAAGUUACAUCGUUGGGAACACUAUUUUUCAAACAACCUUCGUAUAUCACUAGGAUAUUUACUGCCAAAUUUGGUAAAUGAAUAUUCGUGCUCACAGAAUAUUUCAGUACUUUUUCAUUUUUUUAAGCAUGCAUUCACAAAAAUAAAUAAUUGCUAAGUUAUUCAAAUUUUUGUUUCACAUCUUUGAAGAAUUCGAAUCCAAAAUAUUUUUAUUUGAAAAUAUUCUGUUAUCACUACCGUAAACGCGGAAAUAUUUAUUGAGGGUUUUAGUACAUUGUAAACAGAAAAGAUAAUACCUAGUUCACUUUUGUGAUACAGUACCAAAGAUGUAUAAUUAUUGGCAUACAUUAGAGGUUAAUUUUAUUUAGUAUUUUAUCUCAUAGCUAAUUAUUGGAAACAGUAAUUAUUACAUUUGCAGUAGGUUCAAUAUGUAGUACUGUGAAAAUGAAAAAAAUUAAGUUUUCUUUAACUCCCUACGAGCUAUACAAGUUGAAUUUAUUAUAGUCUUUUUCAGGAAAAACCCCCACCCUAACUUAUUUUAAUUGGUCAAGUCAGCCGGCUGAAAUUCAGGACGAUGAAAUUGACCUUUUGGAAGGGUUGAUCUGAAUAUGCUUUAAAAUAUGAUACUUUUUAUUUGAACAAAAAAAUUAAACAUUUCGAAAACAAUUUUUAAAUAUGAUAUUACAUAUUGCUUUUUGAAAAGCACUGUAUAUUCGUUUUUGAAGUAAUUUCAGUUACGUUAUAGGUAAAGAUGUUUACCCUGUAUGACAAUAAUCAUUUCGAUAAUACAUAUUUUUGUUUGCUUGUUUGAAAGUACAAUAAACUAGGUAAUAUUUUUUCAUAUUCCACUUGCAACGACACAUUUUGUUACUAU